AUGACAGAUAUCCAUUCUUAAAGAAAAAGUCUUUAAAAAGUAGUUUUAUUUCUUAAUUUAGUAAGCAUAUAUUGAUGAUCUAUUUACAAAUGACAAUGAAACAGAUUAUGAUAAAGACAUAAUAAAAUUAUAUAAUACUGCAAAGAGAGAAAGGAAAACUAUCGAAGCUCACAAAUAACUAUUAGAUAAUAGGGUAGCAUUAUUGAAAUAAGAAGAAAUACGUACUCUUAAAAAAAUAGAAGAAACCAGAAAAAAAGCAUUAGAGAUUUAUUAUUUAAAGAAAAAAAAUGAAGAGAAACUUAAAAAAGUAAAUAUUUUUAUAUUAAAUUUAGAAAGAGGAAGAAAAGGAAUCUUUAUAAAAAAAAUAAGAAUAAUAAUAAUAAAUUAGAAAAUAAUAAGAAAAAGAGCAUAAGUUAUUAAUUUAAAAGCAUAUGAAUGAAAAAUAAUAAAAAGCAUUUAUUAUAAAAGAAUAAUCUAAGAAAAUAGAAUUAAGAAAAUAAAAUAUUUAGAAAUAAUCCUUAACUUCUUUGAAAUAAAAAAAUUAAAUCUUUCGAGAAUCAAGAGACAUUAAUAGAGUUAUGGAAAGAAUAUAAUUAGAAAAAAGAGAAGCUAUUAAAGCUUAAUUAGGAAAAAAGUUAUAAUCUGAACAAUAACUUAAAGAAAUUAAACAAAAAGGUAAAUGUUAUAAAAAUCUUAGAAAUUGAUUAAAUUGAAACUUAUGAAAUGGAUUUACUUUAAAAAUUGUAAAAUACAUAAUAAAUGUAAAAAACAGCAUUUGAAGAAUUAGAAUCAGCUUUGACUAUGACUGCUAAAGAAUUUGCUGAAAAAUAUUUAUAACCAAAAUAAAAAGAGUAAUUAAAAAUAUUAAAAUUUAGUGAUUAAAAUAAGGAAAUCUCUAAUUUUAAUUCAGAUGAUGAAGAAGCCAACAAAGAAAAAGAACGUCCUCACAUAAGUGAACCUUCUUAAGACUAAUCUUCAAAAAUUUCUAUAUAAUAGAUUAAUGAGAUUAAUGAUAAACAUUAAUAAAAUGAUUCUAAAUAAGAUGAAGAUAAUGAUUAGAAUGAAAAUGAAAAUUCAAAGGAAGAAACUAAUUAAUAAAAUUAAAAUAAUUUUUAAUAAGAUGAUUAAAAUAAAAGUUAAAAAGGGGAUCAAAAUGAAAUUCCAAAUCUUUUGGAUUCUCCAAAAAAUAAAGUAGAGUAAGAUUAAUAAUAAUAAUAAUAAUAAUAAUAAUAAUAAUAAGAUGAAUGA